GCUGCAUGGGAAGGGCUCCGUGAGACCUCGGAGCCACGCAAUGGCAGCAAUUACCUUCGAGGAUGUGGCUGUACACUUCACCACAGAGGAGUGGGCUUUGCUGGAACCAUCUCACAAGAAGUUCUACAGAGAUGUGAUGAGAGAAACGUUUAGGAACGUGGCUGCUGUAGGUAGAGCCUGGGAGCACCAAGAAGUUAAAAAAGAGCACAAAAAUGGCUGUAGAAAUAAAAGAAAUGAAGAGUUGGAGAAAUGCUACCCAGUUAAUAUGCCCACCAUAUCUCAUACUGGAAUGAAGAAAUAUAAGCUUUUGGGAUUAGAAGAGAAGCUGUAUAAGUGUAGUGAACAUGGAAGAAACUGCAGUGAUUUUAACUCCUUUAAGAAGGAUACAAGAACAAAGACUGGAGACAAAUCAUGUAAAUAUAAUGAUCAGUGUGAAGAAUCUUACUCAGACUUUACUGAAAGAACUGAGCUUACAGAGAGGAUCUUUGUAUAUAAGGAAAAGUUGAAAGAUUCUAAUGCACCCAACAAUGUUCAGAUCCAUAUGAAAAGUCACACUGGUGAGGAGCCUUAUGCAUGUAAGCAGUGUGGGAAAGCUUUUAGGACACCAGGCAAUUGUAAAACACAUGAAAGAAUUCAUACUGGGGAGAAACCCUAUGUAUGUAAGCAAUGUAGAAAAGCUUUUAUUACAUAUAGAGUUUGUAAAAGACAUGAAAGAUUUCACACUGGCGAGAAACCCUAUGCAUGUAAACAGUGUGGGAAAGCUUUUAGUACACAAAGUCAGUGUAAAAUUCAUGAAAGACUUCACACUGGGGAGAAACCCUAUGUAUGUAGGCAAUGUGGGAAAGCUUUUACAACACAAGGUUCAUGUAAAGUGCAUGAAAGACUUCACACUGGGAAGAAACCCUAUGUAUGUAAGCACUGUGGGAAAGCUUUUACAAGACAAGUUUCAUGUAAAGCACAUGAAAGACUUUACAAUGGGGAGAAACCAUAUGUAUGUAGGCAAUGUGGGAAAGCUUUUACAACACAAGGUUCAUGUAAAGUACAUGAAAGGUUUCACACUGGGGAGAAGCCCUAUGUUUGUAAGCAAUGUGGGAAGGCUUUUAGGACACAAGGUUCACGCAAAGUACAUGAAAGGCUUCAUACUGGGGAGAAACCCUAUGUAUGUAAACACUGUGGGAAAGCUUUUCGGAUACAUAGAGUUUGUAAAAUACAUGAAAGAAUUCACACUGGGGAGAAACCUUAUGUGUGUAAACAUUGUGGGAAAGCUUUUACUACACAGGGUUCUUGUAAAAUACAUGACAGGCUUCACACUGGGGAGAAAGUCCAUGUAUGUAAGCAAUGUGGGAAAGCUUUUAGUACUCAACGUUCAUAUAAAGCACAUGAAAGGCUUCACACUGGGGAGAAACCCUAUGUAUGUAAUCAGUGUGGGAAAGGUUUUAGUACACAAAAAAGUUGUAAAAGACAUGAAAGAAUUCACACUGGGGAAAAGCCCUCUGUAUGUAAGCAAUGUGGAAAAGCUUUUAGUACACAAAUUUCCUGUAAAGCACAUGAAAGAAUUCACACUGGGGAGAAACCAUAUGUGUGCAAGCAAUGUGGGAAAGCUUUUACAACGCAAGGUUCAUGCACAGUACAUGAAAGAAUUCACAACGGGGAGAAACGCUAUGCAUGUAAGCAAUGUGGGAAAGCUUUUACCACACAAGGUUCAUGUACAGUGCAUGCGAGGCUUCACACUGGUGAGAAACCCUAUGUAUGUAAACAAUGUGGUAAAGCUUUUAGAACACAAAAUAAUUGUAACACUCAUGAGAGAAUUCACACUGAGGAGAAACCCUAUGUAUGUAAACAAUGUGGGAAAGCUUUUAGUACACAAUAUCAUUGUAAUAACCAUGAAAAGCUUCACACUGGGGAGAAACCUUAUAUAUGUAAACAGUGUGGGAAAGCUUUUAGUAUACUUAGAGUUUGUGAAAGACAUGAAAGUAUUCAUACUGGGGAGAGCCUCUAUGUGUGUAAGCAAUGUGGCAAAGCUUUUAGGACACAUGGUGAUUGUCAGAACCAUGAAAGAAUUCAUACUGGGGAGAAACCCUAUGUGUGUAAGCAAUGUGGGAAAGCUUUUAGGACACGUAGUGAUUGUCAUAAACAUGAAAGAAUUCACAGUGGAGAGAAACCCUAUGUAUGUAAGCAUUGUGGGAAAGCUUUUAGUACUCAUAGUUCAUGUAAAGCACAUGAAAGACUUCACAGUGGUGAGAAACCCUAUGUAUGCAAACAGUAUGGGAAAGCUUUCAGUACACAAAAAAGUUGUAAAAGACAUGAAAGAAUUCAUACUGGGGAAAAGCCUUUUAUAUGUAAACAAUGUGGUAAAGCUUUCCUCACAUAUGGUAACUGUCAGAAACAUGAAAUAAUCCAUACUAGAUAGAAAAUGUAGUAAGAAAUGUUUUAAUAUCAAAGCAUUGUAAAGUGCCUCUUAAAACACCAAGGAGAACUGUAUAUAAACAAUAUGGGAAACCUUUUAUACAAAGUUAUUGUAAAUUACAUGAAAGAACUCACACUGGGAAAAUACCUGUGUAUGUAAUCAAUGAUAGCUUUUAGCAUAAAAUUUACUUUGCAAACAGAAGUUACAUGGGAGAAAGUAUCCCAGCAAUGUGGCAAAACUUUUGUAAUAGCUGUUAACUAUCAAAGAGUAAAAGAACUCGCACUUGGGCCAGGGAGAUGGCUCAGUAGAAUAAGUGCUUGUCUGGCAAGUGCAGUGGCCUGAGUUCAACCCCAAGUUCUGCUAAAAAAAAAAAAAGAGCUCACACUUGACAUUAAUUCCAUAUAUCAAAGCAAUGUGGAAGACCUUUCAGUAUAUCUGAUGUUUUGCAAAAGAAAAUGACACAUUGGACGGAAAACAUGUAUGUAAAAUAUAUGGGAAAGCAUUUAUUUUUUUGUCAAGCCACUGGAGAGAAAGUUUAUGAGCAUAAUUUGAUAAUCCUGUGAAAGUUUCUCACAAA